AUGGUUCAGUGCUGGCUUCUCAAUUCCAUGACCAGAAAUUUAAGGGCUAUUUUUCUUAGCCUUUCUACUGCGAAAGAAGUGUGGGAUGCUGUUACUCAGACCUAUUCUAUUGGUAAAGACGCAUCAAAAUUAUAUGAGCUUCGGUGUAAGGCACUCGCAACUCGUCAGAAUGGUACGUCUUUAUCUGAUUAUUAUGGUACAUUACAGUUAAUUUGGCAAGAAAUCGAUGUCUUGCGACCAAGCAAAAUGAAGUGUUCAGAUGAUGUUGCUGCCCGCACAACGGAAAUUUCGAACGAACGAUUAUAUGACUUCUUGGCUGGACUUGACCAUCAUUUGGAUAGAAUUCGAGGUCAAGUUCUAGCCGAAGAUCCUCUCCCGAGUGUGCAAGCCGCAUAUGCACAGGUGUGCUCUGAAGCUAAUAGGCAAGCAACCAUGUUAGCUGGCUCACAUGUUGACGGGUCAGCUAUGACAACCACUUUACAUCGCCCUGUACCUAGAAGUGGUCAUCCAAAGCCGGGACAAAAGGAGCUUGACACACGCCAAUGUACCCACUGUGGGAAGAAAAAACACACUCGGGAAACUUGUUUCGAAUUGGUUGGAUAUCCAGAUUGGUGGGUGGACAAACAAGAAAAGGGAAAAGAGAAGAAAAAAAGUGUUGCAAAUUUGGCUUCACAACCUUUACCUCAUGGUUCUUCACCACAUAUGGAUCAGUCUGCUCUCAGAGUUUUCCCCAACACUACUUCCACUUCCUCACCAUAUCCAGGAUCUUCAGACAAAGGAGCAGAUUGGUCAUGGUAAGGAAAGCGGAGGAUUGUACUACUUGGACUCAAAACUGCCU